AUGGCAGCCGAGCUCAUCAUGCCUACGCUACCUGGCGACCAGCAGCAGUCGCGGCACUUCCUGCCGCCCCAGCGCCCCAUGCACCAGAGAUCACAGUCCUAUCACGUCUCGGGCCCUCAAAUCUCCCCCAUCAGCAGCACCGAAGUCAGCCCAAACCAAACAUACUCGACACCGCCAUCUCCGAGAGGCCAGCACGCGCGUCCGGGACGUCCCAUGUACAUGCCCGCCGUGCUGCGGCCCUGUGACGAGUUCCCCUCCAAGCGCAUCGCGCGCACCAAGACGGGUGGCUCGACCUCGGAUUCUGACUCGGAUUCCACCUUGCGCCGCGCCAACUCAAACCUCAUGAGCCUCGCCGGCCUCAGCGGCCUCGGCAACAAGCUGAGCCGCCGCUCCACCGGCGAGAGCACUCAGCCUCUGGACGGCGACUGGAACAUCGACUCAUUCCCCGAAGUGACUGCCCCUCCGACGAGAAAGCAUUGGAAGGUAAAGACUCUCACUGCCGCAGUCUCGGUCUCGUGUCACUCCCCGUCGCUAACGCAGUACCGCCAUAGCCCGAUGCCGAGUCGUCCAUCUGCGAUGACCCGACUUGCAAGCGCACCUUCAGCUAUUUCAUCCGCCGGCACCACUGCCGCAAAUGCGGUCACAUCUUCUGCGACUGGCACUCGAGCUAUGUCUUACCGCUCGACCAGAACGCAAACUUCAACCCCAAAGCGUCUGUCUCUCGCGCAUGCAACCACUGCUUUCAGGUCAUAA